AUGAACAGAGUGGGAACCAGCCCUGGCUUCGAGCUGAAUGGGAUCAACCACAAUCUGCUGCGAGCAGGGAGCAACCUCACAGCAGCAACAGCAGCUAUCGCAGACCCCUACCUGAGACUUCGCCCAGCUCGUUGGCACGAUCCCACAUGGGUCAGGAGCGAACGGGAACCCAGAAAAGUGUCCGAACAGCUGCAGUCCUACCAAAUCGAUCAGAUUUCGGAGAGCCUGCACCAGGAGCUCCACACAUUUCUGGAAGUCUUCGCUAUUCGCCUCGAAUCGCGGGAGGCCGCCCUCUCUGAUGCAGCUGCAGAAAUCCGGAAGUCUUCCGAAUUCGUCAUAUCCGAUAUGCAAAAGAGAUUCGAUACCUUCCUUGAGCAGGAAGGGGAGAGCGCAGCGAAGGUAAUGGGGCAAAGGCGUGCCAAAUUAGAGGAGGCAGGAGCUGCGGCCCAGAGGCUAUUGCAGGAGCUGCCAGUGGACUUCCCAGCGAGAUUUCAGCAGGUUGAAAGCCAAGUGCUUCAAAUGUCAUCUAAAGACUUCAACGGCCAACGGCUGUCGAACCUGUGUCACAACAGCCCCAAGAAAGAAGAGAAGAAUUUGGACAGCUCACUUGAACAGAUGAGGUUGGCUAUUCAGCUGCAAGGCUUAAGCAAAGGGUUCAAAAGCCUUGAAGAGCGUUUCAGUGCGAUGCAGUCCCGUCUCUCCCGGAAUGAAAAGACAUCCCAGCAAGCUCUGGCGCAGGCAAGACAUUUGGAGACAAUGAUCUCCGGUCUGCCAACCAGAGUUGAGGACCAGAUCUCAUUCCAAAACCUGCGGCGCCAAGUAAAGGAGAUGUCCAAGACUCUGGCCGCUGCUUCCCUGAGCGUUUCAGCUGAAGACUUUGAAGAGCUUCAAACAAAGGUCUUCAACUUGGAGCAUCGCUUGGGGAAGGACCACUUGGUGUCACCAGUCACCAUAGGUGAUGGGUGCAACCCUCUUGCAGAUCUUGCAGAUGUGGCUUCCGCAGACUCCAAAGAUGAGCCAGCGGAGAGGAGAAAGGUCGCAAGCUUCAGACAAGGUUACGGCCAGGAUGGCGAGGAUGGCCCGAUGGAAGGCCUUCAUUUUGGAGAUGGAACUGUGGAGCCUCAGCCAGCACUGCCAGCACUGCCAGCACUGCCCCCGGGUCACGGCAGACCUGAGGAGAGCAGCGACAAAGUCAGGGAGGACCAGCUGCUUCGCUCUCCCAAGCGAAGUCAGGAGCAAGUCCCAGUGCGGCAACAUCCAGCAGGCUAUGACUGCCACAGACCCCCCAUUAAGGGCUUCAAGCGUGUGGAGAACGAUGUCAAGAGCAUUUGGGCAGCCUGUGGUCCCGAAAAGACCCUACUACUUCAGGCCGGCACUGUGCAGCUGCCGAUUCCCGUGACGAAGUGGUUGGCCACAUCGAUUGGUGGGCUGGCUGGACGACAUUUGAUCAGUAACAUGGUCAAGACGGCACAACGAGCCACCCAGCCCGGCAAUCCUUGGGACAAGGCCAUGGCUGAAGACAGUUUUGGCAUCUACUCCAAACUUUAUCAAUGUGCCCAGUCCCCCGCCAGUCUCGCGCGAUCUCGGGAUCGGGAGUGCCAUCUCUCGAAUUCCGAUUUCCAGAGAUUCUUCAACAGGACGCUGCCACAUUGA